ACGACUUUGGGGCAGCGAUCACGACAAAGAAGUUCUGUGCUAAUAUUUCUGAACACAGUCAUGCAACACGAAGACAGUUGGCUCGACCAAUAUAGACGGAGUUACGGCUCAAGCUCUGUGAGGUGUGGGUACUUAUUUCAGAUGAAAUAACGGCAACGAUCGACGCAACGAUAUACCUCUGACUACCCUAAUCGGGAUUUAGCCGUGGGCUUAUGUUUAUGUAUGCAGUCAUGCAAGUAUGUUUAAAGUAUGUAGUGUCAAAAGUGUUGCAUCGCAACAGUUGCUUUUGAAGUCCUCUCAUGAGAGAAUAACAAUUCGAGUUCAUAAAACUGUGGGAUUUUAUUGGUCUUCCUUUUAAAUAUGUUUCAUCUGACGGUUCAUAAUUGAAUGUUUUUUAUCUAUACACAGGUUCUAGUAGUAGCAGUAUGCGUGAUAGUAGCAGAAUGUACUCUGCCAUUGAUGAAUAACAUGAUGGGCGCAGGGUUGCACAUGGGUGGAGGAAUGAUGGGACCAGGUGGAUUAGGCAUCGGUAUCGGGGCAGGGAUUGGUCCCGGGAUGAUGGGGGGCAUGAUGGGAGGAGGUUUGAUGGGACCCGGCAUGAUGGGCCCCGGCAUGAUGGGCCCAGGUAUGAUGGGCCCAGGUAUGAUGGGAUUCAAAGACAAAGACAAGGAGCUUGAAAAGCCAAAAGACGCACAGCCUGCGCCUAAGGACCUAGCGGAGGACCUGGCUGUCGCAAUCGACAAGCUAGAUAACCUGCAGAAGCGUGAUGAUGCUGCUUACUGAUGAGGAGUUACAAGGCUGGAAGGCUGGCUCCUGUCCUUAGG